AUGAGGAUCCAGAUGCUUUGCAAUGGCUUGAAUUAUGCAACUAGACAACUUAUCGAUGCUGCAGCAGGGGGAUCAUUAAGUAAUAAAACCCCUGAAGAUGCUGAAAUUUUGAUUGAAAACAUGGCAAGUAAUGAAUGCCAUUGGUCUACUAGACAGAAACCCCCUAGGGCAACUGGAAUUUAUGAGAUAAAUGACAACACUGGGCUAGCCGCCAAGGUUGAGGCCCUAACAAAGAGAUUUUAUCAGUUUGUGUUGGGUACAAGCUCAAAUUCUGGAGCAGUUUUGUCUUGCGAGACGUGUGGAGCGGGGCAUGCUACUAUUCAGUGUCCAAUCUCAAUAGCCUCAGAUGCCCCAGUCGAGACAGUUGAUUAUGUUGGGGGAGGCCCCAGAGGUCCAGGGAAUCCCUAUGGAAACACAUAUAAUCAGGGGUGGAGGAAUCACCCAAAUUUUGCAUGGAGUCAACAACAGCAACAUCGGCCCCCACAGCCACAAGGACCUCCACAUCAACCUCCUCAGCAGCUCGAGAAGAAGUUCACCACUGAAGAUGUGUUAGCGAGAUUUAUGAUCAGUACCGAAGCAAAAUUUGUGAACAUCAACAAUCAAUUCGCUGAUGUGAAUACUGUUUUGAGGAAUGUUCAGGCCUCCAUUCAAUCAUUGGAAAACCAGGUUGGGCAACUUGCUAGGGCAAAUUUAGAGCGCCCACCGGCCGUCACUCUCAGGAGCGGGAAACAGGUGGAAGCACGAGCCAAGGAGGGCUCAAGCACUAAAGAGAAUGGGGUAGCCAUACAGGAAGACCCUAAGCCAUCUGAGAGUGAAGUUGAAGGAAGAAAGGAAAAGCAAGAUGAGGAAACCCUUGAACUACCAACACCAAGGGUGCCAGAGUACAAGCCGGCCAUUCCCUAUCCGGCUAGGUUGAAGCAAGAUAAAGAAGAGGCUCAAUUCAAGAAAUUCCUUAAUGUAUUCAAGCAGUUGCACAUAAACAUCCCUCUUGUUGAAGGGUUAACUCAAAUGCCCAAGGAGGUCUUGGCGAUUAACCCCUUGGAUGAAUUCUUGGAAGGAAUGGAUGGCGAUGAGUGCAAGGGGAACAAUCCAUCUCCCACACAAGUAAAGCAGGAAUAUCAGGACAUUUUCUUCAUUCUCACCACCCCUUAA